CGGUGCUUUCCGCGAGGAGGCGGCCGUGGAGGCGGAGGAGAGGCCCGAGUUCUCCCCCCAGCCAGUCGCUGGGCCUGUGACGAAACGCCGAGAUGAUGGCCCGCGGCCGGCAGAUCUUCUCCGUCUACUGGAAGCCGCUCUUCCAAGGCCGCCUCCUGCUGGUGACCAACACCGUCAGCUGUGGGGGGCUCCUGGCUGCUGGGGACACGCUCCGCCAGGCCUGGGAGAUGAGGCAGGACCCCAAGCGCAAGCGGGAUCUGGCCCGCACAGCGCGCAUGUUUGCCAUCGGAUGCAGCAUGGGCCCACUAAUGCACUACUGGUAUCUGUGGCUCGACCGCACCUUCCCCGCUGCCGGCUUCAGUGGGAUCCGGAGUGUCCUCAAGAAGGUUUUCAUCGACCAGAUGGUGGCCUCCCCGGCGCUGGGCGUUUGGUACUUCUUGGGGAUGGGGUCUCUGGAGGGGCAAACGCUGGACCAGAGCUGGCAAGAGUUGGAGGACAAUUUCUGGGAGUUCUAUAAGAUGGACUGGUGCGUCUGGCCCCCGGCGCAGCUGAUGAACUUCCUCUUCCUGCCCGCCGCGUACCGGGUGCUCUACAUGAACGUCAUCACCCUCGGCUGGGACACCUACCUGUCGUACCUGAAGCACCGGCCUAAGCACCCAUCCCUCAGCGUGGAGGAAGAUGAUGAAGGCGACAGAGUCGAGAUCGAAACAACCGGGUGAACGAGGGCCACGUGCUUCUGCCAAGGUUGGAUCCGAGACUCCCUGGGCACUGGAGCCAGCUUUGCGCCCCACCAUUUAGGCAGCUGGAUCUGGGAAGCAGGCGCCGUCGCCCACGUUCGCAGCCCUCUCUCCUCCCAGCAGAGGCCUCAUCUCCCUCUUCCUGCAGCGCCUCGGAUACCGAAACAGAGAACUUCAGGGCUGGGGGGCAGAUUUGGCACGGGCGUAGGCAUCUCCUGACUGCGACCCCUGGUCCUUCCCAAUUCAUUCAAAAGUUCCAGAUCUUUUUGCGCUUCCCAAUUAAAGAAAAAGCAGGUUGCCUUUUUUUGCAUGCCGUUGCCAGGACAGGUGCUUCUUCU